AUGGAGAUAUACGCGGCCGGCGCCGUCGCGGCCUUCACGGUGGACGUCCUCGUCUAUCCGCUCGAUACCCUGAAGACGCGUUACCAAAGCCAGGACUACAUCAAGACGUACGCCCCGGGUUCGAGCAACAAGGCCCUGGCGAUUCGUGGCCUGUACCAGGGCAUUGGCAGCGUGGUGCUGGCGACUCUCCCAGCAGCCGGCUUGUUCUUCUCGACGUACGAGCAUGCCAAGGAAGUCAUCGGGAGGACGGUCCCCGUUCACGACGCCCUCGUCCACUCGUCCGCCUCAGCAGUCGCUGAAAUGGCCUCGUGCCUCGUCCUCGCCCCGGCCGAGGUCAUCAAGCAAAACGCCCAGAUGCUGCGAGAAGACCCCAGCAGCCGCAAUGCCAACAAGUCCACGUCGCUGCAAGCUUUCCGCCAAAUUGCUGGUCCUGGAGCCCCGGGGCGCAUGUUCUCGGGUUACACGGCGCUCGUCGCGCGCAAUCUGCCAUUCACUGCUCUUCAAUUCCCAGUGUUUGAGCAUAUGCGUUCGCACCUAUGGGAGUCCAGGCUCAGGGACCGCGCCGACCAGAGCAAAGGCGUAGGGGAGACGGGCCUGGUUGCCGGCGCCAGUGCCGGGUCUGCGGGAGCCUUUGCGGCGUUUGUAACGACGCCCAGUGACGUGGUCAAGACGCGAAUGAUGCUGAUGGGCCCGGACGACACCAUAGAACGGUCCAAGAAGGGUGCGUGGAGCGUGACGAAGCAGAUAUACCACGAGCGAGGGCUCAAAGGCUUCUUCCGAGGAGGGCUGUUUCGCUCUGCGUGGACCGCGUUGGGAAGCUCGUUGUAUCUCGGGACGUACGACAUGGCCAAGCUCUGGCUGAAGCGCAGGAGGCCAGAGAUAGACGACUCAAUUGGACUGUGA